AUGCCGCCCUUCUUUGCUGCCCUGAUCUCUGCGAUAUUCCUUGCGCUGAUAACUAAAACGUUUUUGACAAUAAAAAAAGAGAAGAGGCACUUUCCGCCUGGACCAAAAGGGCUCCCUUUAAUUGGAAAUGCGCUUGAUUUCCCCACUAAGAAUCUUGGGCCUGAAUAUGCUCAGUGGGGAAAGAAGUAUAACAGCAAGUUCAAUUCAAUCAGUGACAUUCUUCACGCAAGUGCCUUUGGAUCCCAUGUCAUCAUAAUCAACAGCCGCCAAAUUGCGGAUGAGCUGUUCGAUAGGAGAGCCGCCAAAUUUUCAGAUCGCCCAUCCCUUCAUACGCUUGAUUUAUGUGGGAUGACGUCGUACAAUUUGGCCAUCAUGAGAUAUGGAGAUAAAUGGCGUCUUGGUCGAAAAUAUGCCCUGCAAAUAUUUCGUCAGGCUGCGUCACCACCGAAUGAUUUCAGUAACACAAUUGUCAACAGUGUUCAUAAAGCGCUUAAAGGAUUGUUGAACACCCCAGAAAACUUGUGGGACCAUAACAAGAUGCUAUCAAUUUCAAUUCCCAUGUCAUCGAUGUAUGGAUACGACGCCAAGUCGACUGAUGACCCGUGUAUAGUUGCUGCAGAUGAGACCUUCAGUCUCGGAAUGGAGUUGGCAUCACCAGGGGGAAGUUUAAUCAACAUAAUUCCGCUUCUUCGUUAUGUCCCACCAUGGUUCCCAGGAGCAGUUUCUCAACGAAAAGCAGAGUUGUCCAGAAAGCUCACAGCAUUGAUGAUUUCAAUUCCACUGGAGUUCACAAAAACGCGAGUGGUAGGAUUCGGCAGAAGGGAAGCUAGACCAUCCGUUGUUGGAGACUUCCUUAAGAAGAAAAAUACCGUAGGAUGUUCAAAGGAGGACGAAGAAGCAAUAAUGUCUGUCGCUUCUACAGCUUACGCGGCUGCAUCGGACACUACGCAAUCGGCCACUGGAACUUUCAUAUAUCUCAUGGUCGUCAACCCGGAUAUUCAAAUAAAAGCCCAGGCACAAAUUGAUAGUGUACUGGGAGGAAAACGGCUCCCGACAUACGAAGAUCGUCCAUUUAUGCCAUACAUUGAGGCAAUAUACCGCGAGGUCCUUCGUUGGGCACCACCAGGCGCAGUUGGAUUUCCCCAUUGCUCAACUGAAGAUGACUUUUACGAUGAAUAUUUCAUUCCCAAAGAACGGUUUAUCAAUCCGGAUGGCACCCUGAACGACGAUGACCGAAUUAUGGCCUAUGGGUUCGGAAGACGGAUCUGCGUUGGGAAACAUCUGGCCAGCGCUACACUCUGGCUGACAUUUGCAUCCAUUUUGGCUGUAUUUGAUCUCACAAAGGCACGAGAUAAGUCUGGAAAUAUAAUUGAAGUCAACGGUGAAUACAAUGAAUUUGGGUUCAUGAGUCGUAAAACACCGUUCGAAUGCUCAAUCGAACCACGAUCCAAAGCUUCUAUGAAGUUGGUAGAAGACCUGGAUGGUUAA